AUGAAUUCACAGGUCAAUAACCAAAACGAAAAGCAAGAAAUGCUCCAGGAGGACCAGUUUCGCAACGUGUUCUUUGACUCAUCGAAACGCACUUUUUCCACCCUGUCGCCUUCCGAUACGAAACGGGCUCGUCUAGAAGCCCCUGCUCCGUCGCUGAAGGCACCACCGGCUGUGGAUGUUGCUGCCGCGUCAUCUCCAUCAACAGUGCUGUCGCCAACCACCGCCACCGGUCCCCGCAAGCGCCCUCAUUCCCGUAAUCCUUCGCAGCACGACUUACCCAUUUUGCGCAAGUCGUCCGGAAAACUCCCCACUGCAUCUUCGACCGCCAAGUCCAAGGCUCCCAAAUUCAUAAGGAGAUUCCGCUCGCGGUCGCUCCCCAUCAUCGCUUAUAACGGUUCGGCCUCCACUGGUGUGACCUCAGAUGGCGCGCCACCGGCACUUUCUCGUGGCAUUUUCAACACUCGAUUCAUUACGAAUGGUGUACCUUCCGCCGGCACGGCAGCAGCUGCAUCCAUUGGCUCUGCCCGCGCUGCUGCCGCGGUCUCCUCGUCAUCUUCAGCAUCUGUUUCGGUUGUCCCUCCACUUCCACCAAUCAACCUUCAAAGUCUUAAGGAGAUAGAUCUUCAUGAAAUUCUUAAAAAUCCGCAACUCCGUCACGACAUAUUAUUUGAUCCCCAACUCCAGUUCCGCCCCAACUUGGAUGGUGAGCGUGGAAAGAGAAAGAAGACCAUCAUCGACAAAUACUGGAAUGAAAUCCAAAAGGAAUGCAGCCAGUUUUUUGUUCCUUCAGACUCCAAGUCCGCAUCGCCCCGCUCUAUUUCGCGUCUCCCACUUCUUUUUGCUACCCUCAGAGACAUUCUUCUCCUGCUUUUGCCUUACAAGGACCGCCAGUCUGUCAAUGACGUGAUGGAUAUCGACCUCUUAAUCCAACAAUUGUCGCAUGGGUCGUUUGACUUCGUUUCCAUGGCAAGAUGGCUUGGUGAAGUAUUCAAGUCUCACUGUGCUCCAAUGAGAGAUGUAUGGGUUGCCGAGAUGAUCAACCGUUUUGUCACUUCAUCUGAAACAGGAAGUGUUGACAAAUUGGUACAGGGCUUGCGUAUGAUUUUCCAAAUCUUAGAAGCCAUGAAGUUGGACGUUGCUAAUCAUCAGAUAAGAAUAUUGCGUCCUAUCUUGAUCGAGACCGCAGUUGAUUUCGAAAAGGACUAUUUCAGUCAGCUUAUUCAGCAUGCAAAGAUCGAUAUUAACGACUCAUUGCGUUGGUUUUACAAGUCGUAUCUCAAAAACAAGGCAAAUUUGGGACCAUAUUUCGAUUCCGCGGUGUCCAAGACUGAUGACAAAAACUUAAAGUUGGUUGCUGUCGCGGGACUCAUCAAUUUACUUUCGUGCCGUAACAUGGCUACCGACUUCCCCUCCACCUUGGCAUUCGACCACACUAGGUUGAUUCUUCUUAGAGCGGAUAUUAGGCAACUUGUUUGUGUUCAGUUGUGCGUAAUAUUAUACAAACAACUUGUUUUCAACAAUUACCAGAAUGUUAGCGAGAGAAAUCAAUACUUGCAACCCAACGUGAUUCAAAAGAUUCAGGAAGAAGUGUUAGCAAUUGUUACUGACGAUAAUGGCAAUGUUAAAUGGACAAGAAAUGUCAACGCUAUUGCUAUUCAGUUAACUAAGAAUGUUGUUACACCAAUCAACCCAACUUCCACUCAGAACACGGGUCCAUUGCCUCAAUCUAUGAUUGAGUUUGGUUGUGGUUGGUUGAUGAAACAAAUUCAACCUGGGUCUGAUGUCUACGGCUUAAUGGAGGAGAAGAUUUUCAAAGAGGUUUUGACUGACGUUAACAGCACGUUAAAGAAAUUCGACAUGGAUUCAAAGGUAUCAUUGAACGACAGCAAAAAUGACAACUUUACUAACAAGGCUAAGAAUGCAGGUACCGAAAUGCUGAAUAUUGCACAUCGAAUCGCCACAUUGGUCAGGUUCCAUUGGAGUGUGUUUGGCUCCCACUAUCGCGAGUAUCUUAAUGGCAUAGAAGCCAAUUGA